GUGCGCGGGAGGGAGGCUUCAUUGUCCAAGCCGAAGCGGCUCUGCGCAGUCUUUGGUGCGUCCAAAGGGCGUUAUGGAUCAUCCCGUGCCGACAGAAGUGUGGAAAGCACAGACAUUGGAGGAGCUGAUCCAGAUCCUGCAUCAGUUGUUUUCUGGCGACAAAGUCAAUGUGGACGAAGUGCAAACCUUAAUGGAAUCCUACGAGAGCAACCCGGAGGAGUGGGCCAGAUACGCCCAGUUUGACCAGUUCAGAUACACAAGAAAUCUUGUGGAUAAAGGAAACGGAAAGUUCAACCUGAUGAUCUUAUGCUGGGGAGAAGGUCAUGGCAGCAGCAUCCAUGAUCACACAGAUGCACACUGCUUAAUGAAGAUCCUUCAAGGAAAUCUAAAAGAAACACUGUUUGAAUGGCCUGGCAAAAAGGGGGCUGGUGAAAUGAUGAAGAAAUCUGAAAGGGUUUUGAAGGAAAAUCAAUGUGCCUAUAUUAACGACUCCAUUGGCUUGCAUCGUGUGGAGAACCCAAGUCAUACGGAAACGGCAGUUAGCCUUCAUUUGUAUAGCCCACCUUUUGAAGCCUGCAACACCUUUGAUCAACGAACUGGGCACAAGCAAAGGGUUAAAAUGACAUUCUAUAGUCAUUUUGGAGAAAGGACUCCGUAUACAACAUCAGUUUCACAAGAGAACAACUGAGAAGGCCUCCUGAUUUUCAUUUAGGUGGAGGAGAAGGAGGAUCCUAUGAUUGAUGCCAGUACCAAGCUGAGUCUCCAUUAUCCUUACUUUUGGACUACAGUAGGACAGUUUCUUGGUCAUGCAGUUAUGAGCGACGCCUCUUAUUAAUUCCACUUGGGAGACUAUGUUCACAUGAAUUCAGCAUUUGGGUUUUCAAGUAUGACUUGACUCUUAGCAGUCCUACCUGUAUGCUGGUUUAACUAGUAAUGUAACUUGUUAGCCUCUGGUCAACAUUAACUUGCAUUAACCCACAGUCUGUACUGUAUACUGUUAAUAGCCUCAUUUGAUCCAGGGUUUAAUGAUCUGCUGGAACUUUUAAAUUGUUUGUACAUUUUAAAAUCUCAUGUGUCUGUUUUUAAAAAGAGGAGCAAUAAUGAAUGUCUUGUACAUUGGAGAAAAAGUCUGUCAAAAUUGUUUGUGAUGUUGAGUGGGAUCAGCUUCUAGUUUUUGUAUUGUUAGGACCUGCCUAACAACCUAAAUAAAACUGGAUUUGGGGGACAAUUUUCAAAAUUUGCUAUUCUUUUUCUGACUGUCUAUGGUGCCAUCAGUAUAGCUGAUGAAUUCUGUUGACAAGUGGUUGUCUUAUUU